AUGCUUUUUUAUCAUUCUUUUCUUAUAUUCUUUGUGUUAUUCGUUCUUUUUAUGUCUGCCUCUUCUGUUCCUUUUGAUUUCCCAUUUCUUUUUUUCUUCUGCCUCCUCGUCUAUUUUAUAUUUGUUCUUUCAUUUAUACCGUUUCUUUUUUUUCUAAUUCUCUUUUGCCGCCAUUUAAUUAUUAAUUCAAACUUUCAUUUUCGGUUAGUUCUUUCCUUCGUUUCAAAUAAUUUUCAUUUACAAUAUAUUGAUUUAUGUAUUUCUCCUAUUCCCUUUUCUCUUCUACUUUCUUUUAUACAUUUCUUUCUUUCUUGCUUUUUUUUUCUUCAGUUCUCUUCUCUGUCCCACUUUCUUUUCUUCAUUUCUUUCUUUCUUGCUUGCUUUCUUUUUUUUUCUCCAGUUCCCUUUUCUCUUUCACAUUCUUUUCUUCAUUUCCUUAUUUCAUUCUGUCUUGCUUUCUUCCUACAGUUUUUUUUUUCUCUCGAAUUUUCUUUUCUUCAUUUCUUUCUUUCUUUCUUUUCCAGUUCCCUUGUGUCCUUCUUUCUUUCUUUCUUUCUUUCUUUCUUCGACAGUUCCCCUUUCUCUCCCACUCUCUUCUCUUUAUUUUUUCCUUUCUUCAUUUUGUUUCUCUUUUCAAAAAUCGUCGUUUUUUCUAAGAAUGUAUUUGCUUAUUCCUUUUCUACUUAUUUACCGCCGCUGGCUAGCAGCAAAGCGAAAAGGGGAGGCGAGUGCGUAAGUCUUUCCCUGCCAAUAUAUAGCCUCUCCAUCAGCAAACCCUAUGUAGUGCCUCCUCGUGGCGACACAUGGCAACCGAGCACCUUGCGAACUCGGGUCAUUCAUUUGCUCUUUUUGUUUUUUGUCUUUUUCAUUUUCCUUCAUCGCUCUGUUUUCUUACGAUACUCUCUCUUUUCUUACGAUGCUCUCUCUUUUCUUACGAUACUCUCUGUUUUCUUUUCUCCUUUCGUUUAUCAACUUUUUUCGAAUCGUCUGCCUCUCACAUUCUCCUAUUUUAAAUUCCGUUUUCUGCCUUACUCCCUGUCUUUUUCCUCCUUCCCAUUCUCCUUUCUUCUGGUUUAUUUUUAUUUUUCGUUAUCCCUCAUGAAUCUUUCUCUUAUGUCUUUUUUAUUUAAUAUUCUUUCUUCAAGGCAUUUCAUUUGCUUCUAA